AUGCCGCGGUCCCAAAUCCUUCAAGCAGCAGACAAGAAGUCCAUUGAGGGCAGUAACGAAUCGCAAGACAGCCAAGCCAUUUUCGACCGCUAUGUGGCAGAAUAUGGGAUCGGCGUGACAAGCAGCUCACCCCCAAGAGCAUCGUCGACCGCGUCGCGACAUAUUUCAAAAGGCAGCAAAAGGCGUCGAGAUACCUCCCUUUCGCGUCAUUCUGACCCUCUAAGCCAUACCGAAACUCCGCCCAUUGCUCUUUCGAUCCCCAGCACUGCUCCGCCGGCAACGAGUACCGAAAACGCGCUACCCCAGCACGACCUCGAUCACGAAACUCCGUUACCCGCGUUGCCUGUUGCCGUUGCCGCUGCCGCAGCCGCAGAUCCAGAUUGCGACCCAGAUCCCAAUACAACUCCUGCCUGUCAGCCCUCGACUGAGCUCACCAAGGCGAAGAAUUCCGACUUUCUCGCACCGCCAAUAGUGUCUCAUGGCGACCAAGACUCGGUAAACUCAACGCCUGGCAAGGCCCCCGCACCAUGCACUGCCGACAAAACCGCGAAGAAAGUCAAUGCCCUCCUUCGAUCAUCGGGCCGCGCGCUCUCCACAAAAGUCAGGAUGGACGUCUCGCAGCAAUCUCCCACUCAAGAUAACGACGGUCGGGACUACGAGAACUACUAUGAAGGCCCUUCUUUCGUCGAGACGAGUCCAAUUUCGCAAGACCUUACCGCCGACCACCAAACGCUCCACGAGGAGGAUUCGGCCGUCGUUGACUUCGGCAACCUCGAUCGCCUGAUCCAGGGUGACACCCAAGGCGACGAAGAGCCUUCGUCCUUUCCCGACGAUGCCGCCCCUAUACACACCCGUGGAGCUUGGCGGAACCGCACCUCCAGUUCUCAGCAACAGUCCUCCGUCCAGCGCCCCGACGGUCAGUCCCCUUUGCUGCCGACAGCUCCUCCGCCACAUACUCCAGCGCAACGUCACAACCCCUUUGCCGGGAAGAAGCUUGGCGAUCCUGCUUUGGCUGGAUCUCAACUUUUCGGUCAGACCCAGUUCUCCUCCGCUGUCAAGCAUUUUAGCCCUACCUCUUCGAGACCAUCGCCGCACGUGUACGCCCAUAACUCCAUCUCACCCAACAUAGCCGAGACGUCACCUCUAAAAAACCGGUACAACAUCACAUCACCUCCUGAUUUGCUUUCUUCGAGCCCCCAAGCCCUUCGACUAGAUGGCCCAGCGCCUCAAGACCGCGAACGUAGCCCAAGCAACUCCGGGCCUCCAGAAAAUGGCACUGUGCCAGAAUCCCCGCAAAUGCCCACGGCCAACAUUCGGGGCCUGCCAGAACCGAUCGAGACUUAUGAGAACAUGGUGGAUUCACAAAAGAGAAAAUUGAAGAGUAUCGAGGUCGAAGACGAAAUGUCUGGAGAAGAAUCCGACAACAUAACAGCAAAACUCGAGCGGAGGAAACGGGCUGCACUCAAGAAGGCAGCAGCUGCAAAAGAUCUUACGACCAUACCGGUACAACGUGCAAUCUCCCGUGGAUCUAUCGAGGUGCCAUCAACAACCAAGAAACCCAGGAAACCCCCGUCAAGGAGGUCUCGAUACCGUGCCCGACGCAUAGAUGAUGACUCGACUGCAUCAGAGGAUGAUGCAGACGGGUUUACAGUAGCCGAUUCCCAAGGCCACGCAGCCAAUCAACAGACCCGCGACAGAACAUCACCCGAUGUUGCAGAUGCAGUCAAUAAUAUUAAACAUGUACUUGUUUCGAGCAAUGAUGCAGUGCCCGACAGUGCCGGAGCCACCCAGAAGUCUGCCUCGAAUGGUAUCGUACCCGGCACGGAAAGUUCAGGCAAUGGAUCUCGGCCUAAGGACCUCAUUCCGGAAACAAGCCCCAACAACACCCAAUCUCGACCCGAUGGAAGAAAUGAAAUGUCGCAAGACGAACCAGUGGAAAUCAAGAAGUCCCAACAGACUGAAGAACCAGACGCGCCGGCGACACAUCCCAUGGACGUCAAUCCCGAAGUCGAACUUCUACCCGAGACUCCUGAACCUCCCCUCCCUCAACCCUCUCGCCGAUCGAGUCGCAAAUCCAAGCCGACCCUCAAGGCACAAAUCCUCAAGGGUGCUAGUCUUGCCGGCGUGUCCUCGGAUGCCGCUGGAACUGACGAGGCGCUACUGACUUCCAAAGAUGAGCCAGAUGCAGGUCAAUCCCCACAAGUACAGGUCACUACUGCGGUCGAUAAGGCAACAGCUGCACCGAUCUAUGCGGCCAUUGAGGUGGCAAAUUCGGCUAUGGACGAAGAACCGCCUAUGCCAUCUUCACCGCCACUGCCAAAGGGUUGUGCUAAGAGCGCCGGAUCUGUAGACGCGGUCCUCGUGGAGAGUGUUGCCGAGCAAGGCCCGUCGACACCCGGCAUUCGUGCCCAUCCCGCCGCCCCAAAUGCUCCUGGCUCAACAACGUCGACGCUCAGCGUUCUUACAAACACGCCGGUUCCGUCUUCCAAGACUCCACCGGCCUCACAAGAAUCCGUGGAACUUCCACCUCUCUCGCCAGACAAGUCCAAAUGUGGACGCCAGCCACCCAAGGCCUUGUCGAAACUUGCUACCGGAUCGAGGGUCACCAAGCAAGGUACACGGAAACAGGUUCGGAGGGCAGCCCGCCUUGACUCUGCAUCGACAGAUGAGCUACAUCGAUCACCUUCCAUCAAUGGAUUCGAGAACAGCAUUAUUCAACCCCCAAAGACCACAGCCCGCGGCAGCCGCCUAUCCAUGCUCUCUCACACUUCGAAGGACAACAUCAGCAGGCCUACCAUCUUUGCUGGCAUGGCCUUUGCGAUAUCUUUCCAAUCAAAAAGGGACGGCGAAAAAGCGGACCACUACGAACAACGACUUAGCCAAAGCCGCGAAAUCGAGAAGAUGAUUUCACAGUGUGGUGGCUUGCUGCUGAGUAACGGAUUUGACGAGCUCUUCGAGCCCAAUGCUCUCGGAAGCACGGCAACCAGCCCAGCCUCAGAAACGAGGGACGAUAACCCGCUGAUGCUGACCCCAUUCGCGCAGACCAUUGGGUUUACUGCCUUGAUCGCUGACGGGCAUUCUCGCAAAGUCAAGUACAUGCAAGCGCUCGCACUUGGGCUGCCGUGCAUAUCAGACCGUUGGAUUAUGACUUGCAUAUCGAAAGGAGCUGUGGUUGAUUGGCUUCCAUAUUUGCUUUGCGCUGGUCAAUCCACCUUCCUCCGCGAUGCUCUUCGAUCACGAUACCUUGCGCCCUACUCGGCCACCGAGGCCCGGCUUGUUGACGUUGUUGAGCGUAGACCUAAGAUGUUGGAAGGAAGUCAGAUCCUUCUUGUGAUGAAGAAGUCUAGGGCUGAAGAAAAGAAAAUGCCCUACGUGUUCCUAGCACACGUUCUCGGCGCCACACUUUCACGGGCGUACAGUGUCGACGAAGCAAAAGAGACUCUUAGGCAGCGAGAGGCACUCGGAGAGCCCUACGACUGGGUCUAUGUUGACGAACAUACCGGAUCGGAGGAGGAACUGUUCGGCACUAAUCCUCCUGCGUCGAAGCCUUCAAAGGCGUCAAGGAAGCGGAAGAGUGCUGUGCCAGCGACUGAAGAUGCUCCUCGGCCGCCGAAAAAGAUCAGAACUUUGAGCAAUGAAUUGGUAAUUCAAAGCCUGAUUCUGGGGCGGAUGAUUGAAGAGGGUGAGUUAGAGGCCUAA